CAAGCCAGAGCAGUCCAUGGUGUUGCCAGCCCGCAUUCAUUCCAACCCAAAAAGGCAAAGGAGAAGCCAAGCGUAAGGCAAAGGAGUCUGCUGCGAAAGUGCCAGCCCGGAUUUGCAGGCUGCAAAAAAGGCGGAGCGAAGAGUGUUGGAGGCGGAGGCGAGGGAGGGACGUCUGCGGGGCUGGGAGCCGCCAUGGCCCCGCUCCACUUCCCCCGGGAACCGGGUCCCGAGGAGGCCAUGCCCGCCGACCUGCAGCCCCUGAACCAGCUCAGUCCCCAGCAAUUCUCUGCUCUAACUGAACUGGUAUUCCAAUUUCUCCAAGAACCUAAAGAGAUUGAAAGGUUUCUGGCUCAGCUCUCUGAACUUGCUUCCACCAAUAAGAUCAGCCUGGGCCCUUUGAAGAAUAUCGUCAAAAGCCUGCUUUUGGUGCCAAAUAGUGCCCUGAAGAAGGCUCUGUCGGCCGAACAGGUCCGAGCUGAUCUUAUCUCUCUGGGUCUGAGCGAGGAGAAGGCCAGCUUUUUCGAAGAACAGUGGAAGGGAAAUGUGGCGACGCUCUCGCGCCUAGCGGUGGGGCAGACCCUGAUGGUCAACCAGCUCAUGGACAUGGAAUGGAAGUUUGGGGUUACGGCCGGAAGCAGCGAACUGGGCAAAGUGGGAAGCAUCUUCUUGCAGUUGAAAUUGGUGGUGAAGAAAGGAAACCGGAUGGAGCCCGUCUACAUGGAGUUGACGCUGCCCCAGUUUUACAGCUUCCUUCACGAAAUGGAAAGAAUGAAGGCCAGCCUGGAGUGCCUCAGCUAAAGCUCCUGCCGGGGACCGGAUACGAAUCCUGAUCAUUGGAGGGGAAAUAAUAAAAUGGUUUUAAGGGCGGACAA